UAGGAACAGCGCGAACGCCCAUCGCGUCGUCCGAAAGAGAGGUCGAGAAAAAGAGAGAAGGAAACCAAAGACUCGGACGAGUAACGACAGUCAAAAAACAGUCUUUGCGGGAGUCGCCUUCGGCUGCUCCCGCGUCUGUGUCUAGGUUGCUAGUUAAAUUUUAAUCGAACGAUAUCGGUGCAUUCCUCUCUUUCUUCAAGAUUUUCUCGGCAUCGGAGAGUGAUGUAAAAAAAAACGUAAACGUUAUGUACGCGCUAAUUGUUACGGAAGACGUAGAAUUAAACGUUAGGUCGAUUCGAACACGACGGUAGAAGGAUAAAUUGUCUACAGGUGAGAACCUGUCAAAGACGUUGAACAGUUUUGUUAAAUUAUUAUUAUAAUAGUUUUGUUAAUGUUGCUCGUUUAAAGGCGGCGCCUUUUGUUUACGAAAGAAACUCGAGAUUGACUGAUCGUAACAAUUACUCGAUAAAUUCCUUCGACGCUACUGCGACUUGGAAUUGACAUACGUCCGUCGGAAGCUAAAUGAGUGAAUAGAUCUAUCUCUGUUUUCGAUAAUAACGUUUCCUUUGAUUCGCGAUAAAGUGUCACAUUUUGUUCGUCGCUCAGUCGCAGUGUAUUUCAGUGAACAACCAAGUUAGGGUAAAUCAGUCAGUCGGUUACCAAAUAAUUGUAAUGACAAAUACAGGUGUAAAGCGAUAAAGACACCGUUAUCUGAAGGAUCGUGUCAAAAGUUGCACGUGCUACGAUGGGGCUCGAUACGGAGCUCACCGGAGUUUUGCGGGACGUGGUGCAGUUUCUGGAGUGUCUCCGAGAAGCGAAACUCGCCCCCAGCCUGGAAUGCGUGCGAAGUAACCUGCUGAUACGCUCGAAAGACGCGUUGACGAUGCUCGUAGUAGAGAGGCUCGUCAGGUCGAGUUCCCCGGAGCCGUAUCUGAACAUGAACGCCGCGAAGUCGAAGGGUUUGGUGACGAAAGUGGAAACCGAACUUCAAGAAUACGUGGGAGCGGAAGAACGGCCGGAAAAGCAGCCGCAGCAAGAUUAUUACGAGACCUUACAAACCGUCGAAUCGAGUAACGUGAUUACAAUUAAUGGAACGGACAAAGAUGCAGAUGAACAAACUGAAAAUACUUUGUUGGAGGUUUAUGCUAAUCUGUCGGCGGCGCAGGCCAAAAGCAUGUGUCAGAUGUGUGGCUCGCUUUACAGGAAGGAGGGGAAGAAGUUGUUCGUUUUCGAACAAUACCGAGCAUACUGGAUCGGUCUGAUUGGAUCAUACUUGUUGAUUUAUGGAAGCGACCGGGACAGUCGGCCGUGCACCAUUUUGCCGAUACGCGGUUAUAUGGCUCGAGCGGCUCCGAACGCUGUUCCUCGGGAUCAGCGACGGAGCGAAAGUACCUUCGAGAUAUUUCGUCCUGGUAACAGGACUUUCCAGUUCGUGGCGAGCACUCCGAAGAACAUGGAGCAGUGGAUAGCGAAGAUCUGCGAGUUAGGGAGUGCUGAAAAAACUGAGCAUAAAGCGUUAUCGAAAGUUGUGACGAAGUCGGAAAGCGAUGUGACGCAUUCGAACGGCCAGGGAAAUCCGGAACGUAGGGAAGAACGAUAUCAGGACGUGGGAUCGUUGGUCGAUAACGUCCCCGAAGAGCCUCCAACAGUUUCGAACGCUAAAGAAGAUAACAGUAAAGAGACCGAUUCUUCAGCGAAGGAAACGUGUACUGAAAUCGGCAUUUCCCCUCCUUCCAUUAGCCCUGUUGUAUCAAUUUCACCACCUCCUCCACCUCCGCCACCUCUUCCGCCUUCUCCUCACUCUGUUAAUUCGCAAGCUCGAAUUCCUCGGAAAUUACCGUCUUUGCCCGAAGAUCGUUCGUCUUACGAAUUUCUCGAGGAGGAAGAGGACGACAUCUAUCACAAGAUCGAAGAUUAUAGAGACGCGAUGCGUUACGGAAACCUCGCUGAAAUCCGAGCUAAUGCUCGAGCGAGGGAACCGGCAACCUAUGACGAUGCGCGAUCUGCUCGCGCGAAUAUAAAAAAUGAAAGUAAAUUGGAACACAAACAGAGAAAGAAAAAUUCCGAAAACUCUGCGAGAAAGUCGCUGAAUCUGCGAAACGAAGCAACUUACGACGACACUGCGAAUACCGUAACGAAAGACAAAAAUGUUCUGAUUAACGAGCAAGAGAGUUUAGUCUCCUAUGAUGAUGUCGAGAAUUUAGCUUCAAAGUCGAUCAAAGCUCGAACGGAUAAAACGGACGAGGUGACGAAAUCACCACAGAAGAAGUCCUUCCUGGAUAGAGUGAGAAGCAAAAGAGAAUUCCCGAAGAAAAGUGAAAAGAAAGUAAAAUGUAAAACUCCAACAUCGCCACCUCCGCCGUGCCCGGCGCCCGAGAUCGAUCAGGAACCGCCAACUUAUUACGAUGAUGUAUCCGAUUUCGCUAAGGCUCCAGAAAUUAAACGUGUUGAGGAAGAAGACUCGGAGUAUACUUGUCCACCCGCACCGAGACCGGUUUACGUGAAACCACCUGUGGUGGCCGAUACGGUCGACUCGCAAGAAUUUUACGACGACGUCAGUGCGUGUCGGGAGAAGUAUGAAAAAGACCGCGAUACGUGUCAAUUUGAUCAGCGAUCGCCCAGGAAACAUAGUUAUGGCCGCGAUCAUGCUUCUACUGAUUUGUGCGAAAAUGUGGAGGAUAACGAACAUUAUAAAAUACCCCGCGUCGAUGCUGGACAUCCUAAGAGCAUUCUUAUCGAAACAGAUGAAUUGUAUGAUGACAUUGCCAUACUUGCGGACUUCACAGCACGACAGAAAGAGUAUCCCGUUAAGAAGGAUAACGAGGAAACGAAAUUGCAAGCUAGUCCGGAGAAAAGAUCGUGGAAUAGAUUCGGGAAAAAAACUAAAACGAUCGAUACCGUUUCUGAAAGUAAUCGAGCCUCUAACGGUUUGGAAGACGUGACGGACGAGUUUAACGAACAGCAAAGUUCGUUGCGAAUGAAUACGUUCCAGAAGUUAAUCAGCAGAAUGGAGAACUCUCUUGGUAAAGCGUCCGUCAGGACUGCGUCGUCGAUGCUCUUGAAUAAAACAAACGUCGUCAACAAUGCAUAACGUUUCAAGGAAAAUGCUUGCACGCAUUUCUAAAAUCCUAAUUAAUCUUAAUUAUUCCUAAUCUUGUUAUAUUCAAGACAACUAUUUACAGACCAAAGAUAGCGGAUUAGUUAUUUUCUUAUAAAUUUGUAUCACAUGGAAAUGCUUAGUGUUUGUAAGAAUUUUUUAUUUUGCAAAAUAAAUAAUUAUCCCUGAUA